AUGGCAGCCACGGCUCACAGCGACUUAUCGAUCGCCGAGCUGAAGGCUGAGAUCGAGAGGCUUGGCCGCGAGCUCGAUCAAGCCAGCAGCGAGAAGAUCCAGUCGGCACAAUUGGGUUUAGUACUGCUGGAAGAGAAGAGCUCCCUGCAGCAACGAUGCGACGAGCUGGAGAGUCUGUACGAGAACACCAAACACGAGCUGGAAAUCACACAAGAGGCUCUUAUGAAACUCGACACAACACAGAAAGUAACGACCCGGAGUGGAAUAGAGCAAGAAAAUGCUCUCCUCAACGAGUCCGCUGCUAUGGAGAGCUCCCUCACUCUACAGAUCUUGGAGCUGGAGAGUGAAUCUAAACAGUUACGUCAUGAGCUGGACCGCGUUGUGAGUGAGAGGGAUCGCUUGCUGGCCGAGAGCUCGGAGUUAGGGCAGGACAAGGCGACGCGGGAGUCUGAGCGAGCUGCCCUAAGAGCUGAGCUCAGAGAAGCAAGACAACGGGAACAGAGGUUGCUGGUCGACAUCGGAGACUUGGAAGACGAGAAUAUAUCGCUACAGAAACAAGUUUCAGCGUUAAGAUCAUCACAGGUUGAAUUUGAAGGUCUUAAACAUGAAGUCAGACAGUUACGUGAAGAGGCUGAGAAUGCCCGGGCUAUGGCUGAGGAGACGGCAGCGCUGCGCCGCAUCGCCGAGCGACAGCUUGCUGAAGCGCUUGAAGCGCUGCAGGCAGAAAGAGAGGCCAAGUUCGCUGCAAAGAAGGAACUCGAUGCUCACCUCAGCAGGGAAGCUGCUUACAAUAUCACCAACUUGGCUUACAGUAUACGAGGUAUGCCAGAAGAUGGCACAGAGGAUGAAGGAGAGCCCGGUGGCUCUUCAUCAGCCGAGCUCGCCAGCGCUAUGGGAGACCACCACGCCGACCUCUUCUCCGAAGUACAUCUCCACGAAAUAUCACGACUUGAGAAACAACUCGAACAGGCACACAACGAAAAUAGCCAGUUGCAGUCGUCGAUGCGCGCGGCGCAGGUGUCGGCGGAGAGUGAGAGCGCGGCGGCCGCCCUACUGCGCGCCGGCCUCACGCGCGCCGCCUCGCGCGUCACCGCGCUGCACGCGCUGCACGCUGACUGCGCGCCCAUCGAGGACGAGAAGGUAGACAACGGCGGUGUAUCAGCUCGUGCAGCUAAAUGGUUGACUUGGUGGCGUGUGUCCGGCGGCGAGCUGUCAGGCCUGGCUGCGCUGCUAAGCGAGCUCGCCAGCGGAGCCACCGCCAGCGACGGCUCCGCGGCCGCGCUGCAACGCGCGCAGCUGGCGCAGCUCGCCGACAGGGUGGCGGAGGCCGAGGUACGGGGCGCCGCGCUACAGGCUGAUGCCGACCUGCUACGGACUCUCGCUGGAGGUGCGGGCAGAGCUCUAUCCACAGCAGGUCCAGCGCUGUUAUCUGCAGCAGAGACCCUGGCACAGAUCUACCACCACGUGUGUGCCGUCAACGGCACCCAGCCAGAGCGGGUCCUGCUGGAGCACGCGGGGCAGGGAGACGCGGGCGCCGGCGAGGGCCGGGGGGCGGAGGCCGAGGCCCUCGCCCUCGCCGCCGGGGAGCUGGAGGGAUUGCGGGCCGCCGCCGGCGUCGCGCGCUCCGCAGACACUCUGCUCGACCAACUCACGCAUCUACGGACCGCACUCGACACCGCGCUCGACUCGAGGAACAGGCACCAACCUGUUAUGGACUCAGAGGAACGUGGCGCAGAGGUAGUGGAGCUCCAAGAACAGGUGAUCAAGCUGAAGUCCCUACUAUCAACGAAGCGGGAACAGAUCGCGACACUGCGUACAGUGCUGAAGUCCAACAAGAACACGGCCGAGGUCGCCCUCGCCAACCUCAAGUCCAAGUACGAGACGGAGAAGAUCAUCGUCACCGAGACCAUGCUCAAACUCAGGAACGAGCUACGACUGCUCAAGGAAGAUGCCGCUACCUUCUCCAGUCUUCGCGCGAUGUUCGCGGCUCGUUGCGAAGAGUACGUGACCCAGGUGGACGAGCUGACGCAGGCGCUGGCCGGCGCAGAGGAUGAGAAAAAGACACUCAACCAACUACUGCGCCUCGCUGUACAACAGAAACUCGCGCUCACACAGCGCUUGGAGGAGCUGGAGGUGGACCGCGAGAUGCGCACGCGGCGAGUGCCGAAGGCGGGGGGCGGAGCCCGGGCGCGGGGCCGCGACUUCUAG